AUGCUUUCUUUAGUGAUGUUUCACGACAUGAAUCGCAGCGAACAGGAGAGUCUUUACCGGACAUCGAGAAAGCUAAGCCUUGUACCCUUGAGUCAGCCAAAUCCACCGGCCUAUUCUGAGGAUCUGGUGCUGAGCGUGUUGAAAAGUCCUGUCAACCAUUCCAGUUAUGAAAUCAGGGAGUCUAACUGCGGCUGUUCGUCCAACGAGGAUAACGAAUACUCGGAAAGGAUGCCAUUUCUGCACCGUUUCCGCAGCCAGAGAACACCUCGUUUCAAUGAAGCGCACCACAAAAGGGUUCCUACACCAAUUAAGCGAACGCAAAAAAGCCACAAGAAAGAUAAGAUCCACGUCGAGGAAGCCAACGAGGAGGACGACGAGGAAGACGACGUUAUCGAUACGCCGAUUGAACCUCCUAGAGGAGUACCCGAUCCUUAUUAUCCUAUUUAUCUGCCGAUAGAUCAGGCUUUCAAGGCUAAAUACGUGUUCCACCAUAAGAAGGGGAAGACGUUUCAAGAGAGGACUUAUGUGUUUUUGGAACAUCCCGGAGGAUGGCUGUGCUUUAUCUACCAUUUUUCUGUAUUUAUGCUAGUGUUGGUGUGUCUUAUCUUCAGUGUACUUUCCACCAUCGACACGUAUUCGAAUUUUGCCAACGAAACUCUCUUUUGGAUGGAAAUAUGCCUUGUAGUAUUUUUUGGUGCCGAGUAUUUAGUACGAUUAUGGUCAGCAGGAUGCAGAUCAAAAUACAUGGGAUUUUGGGGCAGACUACGCUUUAUAAGGAAACCUAUAUGUAUAAUUGAUCUAAUAGUAGUAGUUGCUUCGAUAGUAGUCCUCACAUUGGGUUCCAAUGGCCAAGUUUUCGCAACUUCAGCAAUACGAGGUAUACGUUUCCUUCAAAUCCUUCGCAUGUUGCAUGUGGACAGACAAGGAGGUACCUGGAGGUUGCUUGGUUCCGUAGUGUUUAUCCACAGGCAGGAACUUAUCACGACGUUAUACAUAGGUUUCUUGGGCCUCAUUUUUAGUAGUUACUUCGUGUACCUGGCCGAAAAGGACGCCGUUGAUGAAGAUGGCAAAACAACAGGGAGCUUCUCCAGCUACGCUGACGCUCUCUGGUGGGGAGUGAUCACGGUCACCACGAUAGGGUAUGGUGACACAGUGCCUCGUACUUGGAUGGGAAAGAUUGUGGCGUCCUGCUUCAGUGUGUUCGCUAUAUCCUUUUUUGCUCUUCCAGCCGGUAUACUAGGGUCCGGCUUCGCACUUAAAGUUCAACAGAAACAGCGCCAGAAGCAUUUCAAUCGGCAGAUCCCUGCAGCAGCCAUGCUGAUCCAGUGUCUGUGGCGGUGCUACGCCGCAGACAAAAGUUUCAAUUCCAGGGCCACCUGGCAAGUGUACCUCAACGAUGUAACCCCAACAGCCAACAAUACUUCCGGUGCGGGAGGUAGUAACUAUAACAUGCCCUUGUCCAAGUCCCUUAUAUUACAGGUGGCCAAGAAAGCGUCCGUUCUGAAACGAAGAAAAUCCCGCAACCGCAUGGAAGUAAACACUUCCGGCAAUAGGACGGAAACGAACACACCUGGCCCCGGCACUCCGCUGACUGACACUCCUGCCGUCCAAGGACAGAACGCCAGCAGGACUCUCUCGGAUACCGACGUCGUGUUUUAUAUGGAGGAGCCUAAAGCCGGGACUCCAAAUAGGGUACGUCGAGGUGAGAGAGAAAGCGCUAGAGGAGCUGUAUUUACAAGUCAGACAAGCACCGUGACGGAAGCAGCCAGCGACGACAUCGACGACUUGGACGCGGAGUUACCUAGAGUUACACAACUAACUGAAGCGCACAAGAACGCCAUUCGUGCGAUCCGUAAAAUCAAAUAUUUCGUGGCGCGCAGGAAGUUCCAGCAGGCCAGAAAGCCGUACGACGUUCGGGACGUCAUCGAGCAAUACAGCCAGGGACAUCUUAACAUGAUGGUGAGAAUAAAGGAACUUCAGCGAAGACUAGACCAAACGCUUGGUAAACCAGGAAGCUACCUCGCUGGAAUUGACAGGGUUGGCAACGUUAAACCUAUGACGGUGGGAGCCAGGUUAUACAGGGUAGAGCAACAGUUGGGAUCAAUGGAUAAGAAAUUAGAGACUGUAUUACACGUUCUGAAUGUGUUAGCACAAAAGCAACAUAUUGCGGUUCGACCAAUUGAAGAAAAUGUUUGA